CUAGGGUUAGGGUUACAUGUUACUCACCAUGUUUUUUAAGUUUCUUCACUCUAGAAUCUAGACGCUUGGCAUAAGAUUGCCUAGGAGCACGGAGAGAAGUCGGUCGGUCUAACACUACAAGAGAGACUGCUAUCCUAAUGGUAUCAUUCCAAUGUCACAGCUGCAGCGACGUCGUAAAAAAACCAAAACUCAACCAACACCACGGUUUCUGCCAUGCAGCCUUCGACUGUAUCGACUGCUCUACCACCUUCCACAGCCCUGCUGAGUUCCAAGGACACACUUCGUGCGUAACCGAAGCAGAAAAGUAUCAAAAAAGUUUGUACAAGGGACCUAAAUCGGCCGGGAGCUGGGGGGCAGCACCUCGAGAGAAUGGACGCGGUGGGUUCCAGGGCCGUGGGGGGUUCCAGGGCCAUGGGGGAUUCCAGGCGCGACCACCAACGCGUUAUCAGGCCACUGGUGCCAACGAAACUCCAUUGGGCACGCCUCAGCGCAUGUCGCCUUUUACUGUAACACCACCAGAGCCAGUAAAACCACCGAAUCCAGUAGAGCCUCAACCUCCAAAAGACUCAGCGCCAGCGCCAGAAAUAACUGAGACCAAGCCAAAGAAAACAUCCAAGUCCGAAUCAAAAAUAAAGGACAAACAGAAAUCGGAAGAUACCAUUGCUGUCGAGCCAUUAUCUGCGCCUUCGUCACCUCAAAAAGCGGAGAAGAAGAAAAAGGACAAGAAACACAAAAAGUCCACUGAGGACGCUGUUGAGUCUACUGUCGACAAUACCCCGGCACCGGUCGAGCUUGCAGGAGAAAAGGAAAAGAAAUCCAAGAAAAAGGACAAGGAAAAGCGGAAAGCUGCUGCUGUUGAGGACGAGAAUUUGGAGAGCCAAGAGGCCAAGGACGAAGAAGGCGACGAGAAUCGGUCGAAAUCAAAUAAGCGGGAGAGGGACGAUGGGGCCGUAGAUUCAGGCGCAGGUAAGAGUGAUAAGAAGGAAAAGAAGAGCAAGAAGAAGGAUAAAGUCGAUGAAGCACCAACGAAUGGCGCAUCAGAUCCCUCUCCUAUUCCAGUCGAGACGGAGGGGGAGACAAAAACCAAGAAGCGGAAAAGGGACAAGUCAGAAAAGGUCCCGGAGGAUGGCAUGGACGUCGACGUAACACCUACAGACGCUUUGUCUGUUGCGCCUGUGGAAAAGAAGAAAAAGAAAAAGAAACAUGACGCGGAACCAGCUGCUGAUGUUGAGGCAUCGGAAAUGGGUGUCGAUGCCACCCCGCCGACUCGCGACGAGAAGAGAGAGAAGAAGAAGGAGAAGAAGGAGAAGAAGGAGAAGGAGAGGAGCUCCAAAAAAUCCGACAAGGCUUCGGCAUAGUUGGCUAUUUCGUUGAGUAUCUACGAGAUUUAGUUUGGGUUUGGUGAUGCUGCCUUCUACGCGGGGCCGAUGCUAUCCACUAGAAGGAUGUUGACAAUUAUACCUGGCUCAUGGCAUACGAAAUGCGCUAAUCCCUUAGUCAGUCGUGUGCCAUUAACCCCUCGUGAUCACUGGUUUCCGGAU